AUGGUUGGUCGACCCAACUCCAUGGCUUCCCUCCUCACCUCUAUUCUCUUAAUAUCAGCAGCAUUUCUCUACAGUGCCUUGGCCCGAACCCUUAGCCAAGCCAUUCCGACCCAAACCGUGCCACUCCCGAACACAGUCGAUCCACAAGCGAGCCCGCUGGCCGGCACCACCGAACCAAAGAAGCUUUCCUUCUUCCUCCACGGUGUCCUCGGUGGGGACCAACGGGAUUUCACGGCGGCUCCAAUCCCAUUCGCCAAGCCCGCCGGAGUGCUCCCCCCAAAGGACGGAAUCCUAAUACCGGACGCCAACGUCGUCAACGAUCCAUUGGCUUCCGUCGACGGAGGGGGCGCAGAGCCGGCCGUCGGUUUCGAGACCGGCGUGGUGACUGCGAUUGACGGAGACUUAACAGAAGGCCACGAGGCAGGGUCUCCGACGGUGGGCAGGGCGAAGGGCAUCUACGUGGUGAGCUCGGAGGAUGGUGGCGGGCCUCUGAUAGCCUUGACGGUGACGUUUUCCGUUGCCGGAGGAGAAAAGGAUAGCCUGAGCUUCUUUGGGGUGCACCGCAUGGACGGCUUGGUUUCACACGUCCCGGUGGUCGGAGGUACCGGAAAAUACGAGAACGCUAACGGAUACGCCUCGAUAAGAUCAGUGGGCCACAUCGACGUUAACGGCGUCGUUGAUGGGAUGAUCACGGGGCUGAGGUUCACAGUGCACUUAGAUUACUAG